CUUUAUUGUUGUGCGCACGGAGCACAGUCCUCCGCCAACAUUUCUCUCUCUAUUGUACCAAGCAAAUUAUAAGCAUCAAAAUUAUCAACUAAAUUGACAAUCCUCCAUCUUCAACUCCGAUACUGUGACCAUCACAAUCCCCGGCUGCCAGACAGACAAGACAGACAGACAGACAGACAAUGGCAUUGAACUACCCGAAAGCUUAAAAUUAAACCCACGCGGGCCAGACAUUCUAAUCAACCCACCCACCGUGGGUAGGAUCUACGCCUUUCCAUCCCGCCAUUGAAAUUUUCACUCACCACCACUGCAUCCCCCAUCUGCAUAUUACACCUCCAGAAUCAUGAUUCAGGUCGAAUCGCAGACAAUAGCUGCGUCUGCGACUGCACCCGCGGAUAAAGAUGUCGCCUGGGCCAUAGUCAGUGAAGAAGCGGGGGAGAUUGACCCCGCCGUGGAGAAGAGGGUGCUGCGCAAAAUUGAUGCAUUUUUUAUGCCUGCUAUGUUGAUUGGUUAUGGGUUUGUUUACUGGGAUAAGGCCAUCCUUGGAAGUGCAUCACUGUUCGGUAUGACAACCGAUCUGCAGCUUCAGGUCAUGGAUUACUCCACUUCGCCUGCCACCAAGGAUACCUCCCGUCUCAGCUGGGCCACCUCCAUCUUCUACUUUGGUAUGAUGGCCGGAUUGUACCCUAUGACCUUUGUCCUGCAGCGAUUUCGCAUUCAGCACGUCCUGGGUCCGGUCGUAAUGCUGUGGGCCAUUACCUGUGCUGCGACGGCGGGAGUAACCUCGUGGCAGGGGCUGUUUGUGCAACGGUUUUUCCUGGGCUUCGUUGAGAGUGUCAUUCCUACCGGUUUCAUGACGGUUGUCAGUGGAUAUUACACGCAGGACGAGCAGAGUCUGCGACAGGCAUGGUGGUUCUCCGGUACGGGAUGGUUUACCAUCAUCGGAAGUGCGCUCAACUAUGCGUUUGGACAGAUCGAUUCUGGGAGUCUCAAAUCUUGGCAGUAUAUCUACAUCUUUGCCGGCGUGCUCACCUUCCUAUUUGGGAUUUGGUGCUGCUUCAUGCCUAACUCCCCCGUCGAGGCGUGGUUCCUGACCCAUGAGGAGAGGGUCGUGGCCGUGGAGCGCCUGCGUCGGGGACAGACCGGUGUGCGCUGCCAGGUGAUCAAGAAAGAUCAAAUUGUGGAAUCAUUCCUGGACAUCAAAUUGUAUUUGAUCGCUAUUAUGAUGGCUGCAGCGUAUACCAUCAACGGCGCCAUUUCCGGAUUCGGCCCCCUGAUCGUAUCAACCUUUGGCUACAACACCCUCGACUCCAUCCUGUUCCAGUUCCCUGUGGGUGGCGUCUGCCUCAUCUUCAUCCCUCUCUGCGGCUACAUCGGCAUGCGCGUUCCAAACACGCGCAUCCCCAUGCUCAUCGCCUGUUGUCUCCCCGUCAUCGCCGGCUGCGUGAUGAUCUGGAAGUCCGAAUGGGGAUAUCACCCGGCAGUUCCAGUUGCUGGAUACGCCAUCACCGGCUUCUUCGGACCUGUGGUCAGCCUUAUCAUCACUCUGGGCGCCAGUAACGUCGCCGGCGCGACGAAAAAAACCGUCAUGGCGGCUACCGUGUUCGUCGCCUACACUGUGGGCAACAUCAUCGGGCCGCAGUUAGUGAACAGCAAGACCGUCGACCAGCACUACCCCGAGCUAUGGGAGGGAAUGGUGAUCUGCUACUGCAUCACCAUCGCGGCGGCGGUAGCAUUGUACGUUGUCUUGUGGCGUGAGAACCGGCGUCGCGACGCCAUGGAUUUGGACGAGAGCCAGCGUGAUAAGCUGGCUUUCCAGGAUCUGACGGACAAGCAGAACCCGUUCUUCCGCUACGUGCUGUAGCAGCAGCAGUAAAAUCUAUGUAUAUUAUCGAACAUCAUCAUUAGAUAGACCAGUAGAAUAUUCCACUCCAUCAUCCGCUGUAAUGA